AUGCCCGCAUACUUCUAUCACCUAACACUCGAAAUAUUCCGCGACCCAACAUCAACCUCUCUAACCCUCGAAUCCGCACACGAAGCACUCCGCCCGUUUCAGCGGCUCGAACCCAGCUCUUCAGGCAUCGCCGCGAGCAGCAGCGCAAGCGCAAGCGGGAAAUCGCUAACGCUCGAACACCGACCGCGACACACCUCCAAACCAAGCUCGACCUCCCCGCCACAGGAACCCACGAAUCCACACCCACAAACCCAGGCCCUGGACCCCGCGGCGGAUAUCCGCUUCAACGAAAUCAGCAUCCAGUGCAUAGACAUGGUCGCGCCGGAAGCUCAAUCAAAGAAGCGCUCGAAGGGCCAACCGCACGAGGAGGAUAAUCUCGUUGCUGCGGGGAUCGGGACGGAUAUUCUGGGUGGACUCCGUACGAAGGGGAGGUAUAUACCACUUGACCAGAAGGUUUCUGAGAGUGUCUGGGGUAUUGUGCACCUAUACCGUGAUGCGCAGGAGUCGGGGUACCUUGCUGAGAAAGAGGAUGAUUAUUCGACGUAUCUGAAGGGGUCUGCGGCUGCUGUUUCGCGGGGCGAGAAUAGUAGUACCCAGAGUGCUUUGGUUGCUAGCGCAAGCAAAGCCACUGGCCGGAGUCGUGCUGGAGGGAAGGGUGAGGGGACUGGGUAUCCGUUUCCCACGACAGCAUCAAUGCGGGAGGCGCGGGAUCGGGAGGAUGAUUGCACGACGCUGUGCAUUCUCGCUGUCCCGGCUUAUCUGUCCCCGUCUGAUUUCCUUGGAUUUAUUGGGGAGAAGACGCUGGAUGAUGUGUGUCAUUUCCGGAUGAUUCGCACCUCGCGCGCGAAUCGGUAUAUGGUUUUGAUGAAGUUUAGAAGCGGGAGGAAGGCGAAAGAGUGGCAGAAGGAGUGGAAUGGGAAGGUAUUCAACAGUAUGGAGCCCGAAACAUGCCAUGUGGUCUUCGUCCACUCUGUCGAAAUCCAAGUCUCCGAACCAGAAUCCCCAUCCACCUUCUCAGAUCACGGCCUCACGUCCCCCUCAACCGGACCUCGACACAGCGUCUCCAACCAAGCACCGCUCUCCUCGAAACCCCUCGCCCCACCAACUCCCGCACUCAUCGAACUCCCAACCUGCCCCGUCUGCCUAGAACGAAUGGACGAAACAACAGGCCUCCUAACAAUAAUCUGCCAACACGUCUUCCACUGCACUUGCCUUCAAAAAUGGAAAGGCAGCGGCUGCCCAGUGUGCCGCUACACACAAGACGACUUUCGAAAGGGAACACUAUCCCUCGACGCCUCCGACGACCCAGCCGAAUGCAGCACCUGCCACAACGACCUCAACCUCUGGGCCUGCCUAAUCUGCGGUAAUGUAGGUUGCGGCCGCUACGACGGCGCCCACGCCUUCGAACACUGGAAAGAAACAGCCCACGCCUUCGCAAUGGACCUGAACUCCCAGCGCGUCUGGGACUAUGUCGGGGACGCGUACGUCCACCGUAUCAUUCAGAGUAAAACGGACGGUAAACUCGUCGAGUUACCGGGGGCAGACCACUCCGCCCUCGAUCCGCCGGAUAUGGAAGAUGCGGUGCCGCGCGAGAAAUUGGAAAACAUGAGCGUGGAAUACACGCAUCUACUCACUAGUCAACUGGAAAGUCAACGGGCGUACUUCGAAGAGAUUGUCGAGCGGGCCGCGGAUAAGGCAUCGCAGGCCAGCGCCGCUGCGCUCGCCGCGGAAUCAGCGGCUGAGAAGGCGAUGACGAGGCUUGAAGAGAUGCAAUCGAAGUACGAGGUUUUGUCGAGUGAGACGAUUCCGGGACUAGAGCGUGAUAGGGCGCGGCUGGAGAAACGAGCUGAGAAAUUCGAGGCGCUGGCUAGGAAGAUGGAGAAGGAAUAUCGCGAGGAAAAGAGUAUGAAUCAGAAUUUGCUGGAAAAGGUUGAGAUGUUGGGCAAGGAGAACGGAGAGUUGAAACUGUCCAAGGCCGAUUUGGAGGAUCAGAAUCGGGAUUUGAGCUUUUUUAUCUCUAGUUCGCAGCAGCUUGCUGGACAGGGGGAGGAUGUUGUUCAGGGGACUGUUAGUGUACCCGAGGCUGAGGUUAAGAAGAGGAGGAAUAAGGGGAAGGGGAGGAAGUAA